CUUUUCUGGAUACAAAAGUAAAAGCCCAUCAAGCUUUUGCAAUUCAAAAAAAAACAAAAAAAAACAAAGAAAAACGAAAAAAAACAGAAUUACACUAAUCACCAAUUAAUCUUUUGAAAUCCCAGAAACCCAACAGAGAAAAUCAUGCCCGGGAAGAUUUCAAAACCAAGUGAUGUGGCUGAAGAAGCAGAAGAAGUUGCUGCAGCUUCACCAAGAAUCAAGCUUGCAGAUGGACGGCAUCUGGCUUACAGAGAAAGUGGGGUCCCCAAGAGCAAGGCAAACUACAAGAUCAUCAUGGUUCAUGGCUUUGGAAGCUCAAAGGAAAUGAAUUUCCUCGCUCCCCAAGAAUUAAUUGAUGAGUUGGGGAUAUAUUUCCUGCUCUACGAUCGGGCUGGUUAUGGAGAAAGUGAUCCGAAUCCAAAGCGUUCGGUCAAGAGUGAAGCCCUUGACAUCGAACAGCUAGCCGAUCAGUUAGAGUUAGGGUCAAAGUUUUAUGUCAUUGGAGUCUCAAUGGGAUCGUAUUCCACCUGGAGUUGCAUCAAACAUAUACCACACAGGCUCGCAGGUGUGGCCUUAGUAGUUCCAGUUGUGAAUUACCGGUGGCCUUCUCUUCCCGAGAAACUAAUAAAGGAUGAUUACCGCAGGAAACUCAUACAUUGGGGGCUCUUGUUUGCAGAAUUUGCCCCGGGAUUACUGCGGUGGUGGGUAACUCAGAAAUGGCUCCCCUCAACGUCUGUCAUGGAAAGAAACCCGGUAUUCUUCAACAGCAAAGACAUGGAUGUCCUGAAAGUAAUACCAGGGUUCCCAAUGCUCACUCAGGAGAAGCUACGACAACGAGUGGUUUUCGAUACUCUGCAUCAUGACUUCAAAUUGGCUUUCACACCGUGGGAUUUUGAUCCCAUGGAUCUCAGUAACCCAUUCCCGCAAAACCAGCGCUCUGUUCACAUCUGGCAAGGUUACGAAGAUAAAGUUGUGCCGUAUGAACUUCAAAGAUAUGUUUCAAGUAAGCUACCCUGGAUUCAGUAUCACGAAGUUCCUGAUGGCGGACAUUUGCUUGUGCAUUAUACCGGUUUAUGUGAGGCGAUUCUGAGGGCCCUUUUGCUCGGAGAAGAACAUCCCCAUUACAAACCAAAUAUACCCAAAAUUGUUCCAUAAGUGUGCCAAAGAUUAGUAUUGAUUGUGUAAAUGGUUAAUUCAUUGAAAGCAUGUACAUUACAUUUGUUGAUUUGUUGUUAUUUGGAAGGAGACAAUUUCUUUCUUUCAUAUAUGAAAACGACACUUUCCUGUUCAUAAACAUAUAGAAAAGGAAUGAUUAGAUGGAA